AUGGCCAAGUUUUCUGAGAUCAUUCCAUAUCCAUUCAUUGAUGAAGAGGCCGCCUCUGAUGAGUUUGCCAGGUUUCAUGAAAGUGGGCAGUGCACUAAGGAUGAGAUUGCAUUCGAUUACAAGCAGGAGAAGUCGUUUGUCACCGGGUCCAUCAAAGACCUUGUGCCUCUCUAUGACACUAUGCGCCAUAUCUUGAGGUAUACACUCACUCCUAAGGCCGGUGAUUCCCACAACAUUUGGAGUUCCAUGUUGAAUGUUUUUGUGUACCUACAUCAGAAGAAGAGGGUGGAUGUUCUGGACUUCAUGUUCUAUGAGCUCCGUCAGUGUGUGCAAGAGAACAAGUCCUUGAUCUAUGCUCCGUUCAUUCAGGCUUUGAUUGAGUCCGUCUGCCCAGCCAAGUACAUUGCUUCGUACAAGACUUCUAUUCCCAAGCGCAACUCCAACUGGACCCCAGCUGGUCCUACUCCAUAUGUGCCUAUCAAGAAGGGGCGCAACCCUAGGCCUGAGGAUCGUGCCACAUUCACUCCGGUCUCCGGAAACCCUAAAAUCCCUCCGCGCCGCGCCGGACGCGUCCGCUCCGGCCGGACGCGUAUGCUCCGGCCGGACGAAAUCGCCGCCGCCCCCGCGGCCAAUCCCGUGCCGCCACGUCACUCCGCCGCCCCCGUACCGCCGCGGCCCGGGGAGCCCGCAGCCGCCCCCCACGGGCCCGCGCCUCCGCCCGCCUCCGCGGCCAGCGCGCCGCCUGCCCGCGCCGCUGCCCGCCGGCCGGCCCGCCACCGCCGGUCCCGCCGCGCCCGCCUGCACCCGUGCCCGCCGGCGCCCCUCACGGCCGGGGCCCUCUCCGCCCGGCGCCUCCUCUCUUCCCCACCGCGCCGGCGCCGCUCCCUCCUCCCCUCCGGCGAGAGCUCCGGCCACCGCGCGCCAAACCCUGUCGAGCCCGAGCUCGAGUCUCCCGAUCGGAUCUGGUCAACGCAAGGUUGA